ACAGGUAUUAUAAAAUUAUUUCAAAGAUUCUGCCUACAGUUAAUAUUCAGUACCAAAGAUGAAGAUCAUCCUACUGGUGUUAUGCAGUAUUUUCAAUGAGAAAUUUAACGUAUAUUCAAAUCAGAUAGACCUAGGUGAAGUUCUACGAAUGGAGAGUUUAUUCUGCAGGGGUCACAGAUAUUGUUUUGCUGAGAAAUAUAAAGCAGAUGAUCCAGUCUCCGCACCAUAUAUGUCUUUAAUACCGCUUGCAAUAUCGAAGGGCUUCAAAAGGAACUGUUGUGAAACAAGAUGUAGCUGUGAUUUAGACAGUUGUAUCGCAGACGAUACUUGUUGCCCAGAUGCCGAUGACAAAUGGCCCACGUUUUUUCAAUCUAAGGUUAAGCUGUUUUGUAUGUACCCACAAUUACGCCCAUACAGUAAAUUAUACCCAAAUUCGAAUACGACCGUUCAGAUAUAUACGCGAUGUCCGGAGUCAUUUGACGCAGGAAGUGAAAUAUUUCAUAAAUGUGAAAGUAAAGAAUUGAUGGAUAAACCGGACACUUUUGUCCCUGUCACAGACAAGAAAAAUGGGGUUACAUAUAAAAACCGAUUUUGUGCACUUUGUUACAACAGAAGCGAAACCGAUUUUAUAAACUGGAGAGCAAGAACCGAGUGCUUCAAAUUUAAAGGUACAUCAGGACCACCAAAUAGCUUUCACGAAGUAUUUGAAACAAAGGAAUGCAACGUAUUAUUUGAAAGGCCGUUUCCUAUGGUUUUAGAUGGCAUGCAUUGUCCGCUGGUUAUAAAAGAGUGUAAUGUAACCGGACUUUGGAAAACAUAUGAGCCAUUGCUUGAGAUGGCGUGCUUAUCAUACACUAGAAUUUUCAAUUUAAACUACAACAAUGUAUUCUGCUACUUAUGCAACACAGGGGAUACUGUUUCGCCAUCAGUGUGUAAAGUUAACGACCACAUUGUCAACUUCUCCGACCUCUUGAAAGUGAAAGAUAUCAAGCCGACGCCAGACGUAUGUGGGCCUAACAAAAUACACGAUCCAGUAAAGAAAAUCUGCUAUGAAAUCAUGUGCAAAUUUCCCAAAAUACUUCAAGACGGCAAAUGUGUUUAUCAUACUGAAUACAUAGGCGGAAUAACAUAUGUACUGGUUCUAAAGUUGAUACCUUCAGACAUAAUACAGUUAUCUGAUACCGUCGUUAACAAGAUUGAAGAAACUUUUCGAGAUUGGCUGACGGAGAAAAUUGGCGCAGCUUCAAGCGUUUAUCUCGAGAUCAAAGCAAAAAUAAACUCUUCUAACGAAACCAGUGAAAAUAUUACACAUUUUAUCAUUGAUGUUCGCGUAACUUGUGAUGUAUUUCCUCCGUCUAAAACCGAUAUUAUUGAUUAUAUGCUGUCAGUUAAAGACGUAUCAAUGGAGACAUUUGUGUCAGGUAAUCUUGUGAAUUACACGAUGGUCCUACUUGCUUAUGAAAAUGGAUUAAAUCCUUCAUUAUACGACCCAACUCCAGGACAUACGAAACUCGUCUUCAAAGAUGAUUACCAGCAAAGGUUUCCACAUAUUUAUCUUGAUCUUUUAUAUGCUUGCCCCUUCGUUAGAUUAAACAGAAGUAUUUAUUAUAUAGAACGAGAGCAGCAAGUUGUCACCAUCGCAAUCUUAAAUGCCGCCAUCAACACGUAUAGUGUUGUUCUUCAAGGUGAACAUAAUGAAAUCUCACACCUCUUUAUGUGUAUCCAGACAUACAAGGACGUUAUGAGCCCGUUUAUUGAGUAUAAUUUUUGUGAUGAAAAAGUUUCCUUUCAGUCCAUCUUAUCGCUAAUAUGUAUCAGUUUAUCUCUAGCGUUCGCCCUUGUAACACUCUUCUUUUACCUAAGAUUCAAGAGACUGAAGCACACACAGCCCGGUAUUAAUAACAUAAUCUUGUGUAUAGCAUUGGUAGUAGCACAAGUGUUAUUUCAAAGUGGAGAUCCUUGUAUCAUAUCAAAGGAAGCUUGUAAAAUUAUCGGUAUUUUCAUACAUUUUUCCUGGCUUUUUCUGAUCUUCUGGAUGAACAUUUGCUGUAUUCAUAUGGUCCGCGUUUUCAGAUUAAGUCAGAUUAGGCAGACCUUUUACAACACCUCUAAAACAACAUUUAUUUAUUUCUUGUACAGCUUUUCAGCCUCGUUGAUUCUGGUGAUUGCCAAUAUUAUCGCGGCCUUAAAUCGAAGCAAAGGGAUUGAUAUUGGAUACGGCGGCGCCACGUGUUAUAUAAACGAUAGGUCUAUGAUCGCGUACGCGUUCGCGUUGCCGGUGGCCGCUAUAGUUGUCAUCAAUAUUAUUCUCUUUAUUGUCGUGAUGGCACAGCUAAGAAACGUCCCAAAGAUACAGAGCGACAACGACAACCGAAAUUUCGUUCAUAUUUACGCCAGGCUCUCCACCCUGACUGGCGGUACCUGGUUGUUCGGCUUUGCCAGUUUUUUUCUAAACGUUGAUGCAUUGGACUAUAUCUUUCUUCUACUUAACGCUCCGCAAGGUUUGUUUCUGUUUUUCGCAUUUGUCGCUAACAAACGGUCGCUAAAAUCAUUGUUAAAAAGGGACACAGAUGACAGGGCAAUCUCAACGAUGACUUCUACCUAUAAGCAUGGCUAAAUAUAUAUUUAAAAAAAAAAACAAACAAAAAAAAUCUGAUUUGUAGAAAACGGAACAAACAUGGCAAAUACAUUUGUUUUUACAAAAAUGCAUUUGGAAUGGCAUGUUUUGAUUUUAUUGGGUUGUUUUUUUUUAUUUUUGAACAUUUGUCGUCAAGGUACAAAGGUCAACAAUAUUCACAAGCAACAGUAUGUCGCGAGGCAUCUAUUUCUUACAAGCAAAAACUCCACCCGGGACAAUGUGUUUAUUUUUAUAAGCAAAAACUCAACGCGAGACAAUGUGCGAAAACGUACCACGAUGCAAUUUGUUUAUUUUACUUGCUUAAACUCACCACGGGACAAUGUGUUUAAUUUUACAAACGAAAACACACCACGGGACAAUGUCUAUUUUAACAAGCAAAAAAGUAGAGCAGGACAAUGUGUUUGUUUUUACAAGCGAAAACGCACCGCGGAACAAUUUGUUUAUUUUUACAAGCGAAAACGUACCGCUGAACAAUGUGUUUAUUUUUCUAGCUAAAACUAGCCACGGGGCAAGCGAAAACGUACCGCGAGACAAUGUGUUUAUUUUUACAAAUGAUCUCAAACGUAAUUUUAUUCUCCCUUCAAACAUUUGUCACGUAAAUGACGUUAACGUCUGUAAUUUAUCCUCUCUAAUUAAUGUUUGUCACACGACUCGUACCAGAAUGUGACCUAUCACACAAGCGUACCUGAAUGUGGCCUAUCAGCAAUGUUCAUGUGUCGAACAGUCAUGUCAUUGUCGAUCGUGCAACUUUCAAAUGUCUUGCAAACUGAUAUUCAUUAUGCUCACAUUCUAACAUGGCUAAGUGGCGGCGUGGCCGAGUGGUUAACGCACCGGACUAGUAAUCUAAGGAUUGCUGACCGCGUGGGUUCAAACCCUGUCAGGGGCAAGCCGUUGUUUCCUUGAGCAAGAAACUUUACAUUCAUUGCUUAGUACGGGUUGGUUCCAAGAAUGGAUUGUUUCAAUAAGCUUAUAGCUUCCAACACAAUCGAACUAAAAUAAAUUUGUAUAAACAAACAUGGCUUAAGCGUGAGUUCUGAUUUCACUUUGAUUUAGCUGCAGCAUCAUUGGUAAUCUUUUCCUUAUGGCAGAUUUAUAAAAAAAACUGCACACAUAUAUACGAAUAAUUCACAAAAUGAAACCACAAGGUAUUGGUGCAAAGAGCGCACGAGCAAAUCAUGACGGUGGCCUUGGUUUGAGCCAGUUGUGUCAUAAUAAUAACAUUUGUGGGUGUUCGCCCUGCCGGCUCGGGCUUUAAAUUGAGCCCUUUUGUUUUGCAAAUGUUAAUGCCCCGUAAAAGGUAGAUUAACUUUUCGUGUGUUUUGUGUUUAAAUAUAUGUUGUGAAUAAUGCAUAAUAAUGCAUACAUACUGUAGAUAAAUGGUUCUGUUCUAUGUUUGCCUUUCCUUAAAUGUGAUUUAUUGAUGUUAUACUUUGUUUUUAUUUGUUAAAAAUGCGCUCGUACUUCAUAUAAGAGCAUGUACAUAACUUUUGAGGGUGAAAAUCACUUGAAUAAGCAUUAAUCUGACUUUAUACACUUAUUUUGAAAAGAUAAUUCUGUGUGUAUAUCUGUGUGUAUUACAUGUAUAUGUGAAAUUGGUAAUAAAGUGGUUACUUUCCAA